AUGAACGCGAACUCCAAGUCAAAGACUGAUGCUUUUCACAACCAAAUAUAUAAUGUUUCUUACUCAUGGUCGAAAACUGAAUGUGAUAGAGAGUUUAAGAAUGUUAGAAAGAUGAAUCCUGCCAUUGCUGCAUAUGUGGAGAGUAUAGGGUUUGAGAAGUGGGCUCACCCUUAUUAUUUGGGCGAUCGAUACAACAUCAUGACCUGCAAUGCUACCGAAAGCUUCAACAACGUGAUAGAAGAGUUCAGGAAAUAUCCAAUAACUACUAUGGUUGAAUUUAUCAGGUUCACACUACAAUCUUGGUUCGCUGAUCCCCUCGAAAAUGCAGACAAAUGUACAACCCCUUUAACCACGCUCUUUGAAAUGAACUUGGCAAAAAAUCAUGAAAAUGAAAGGUUCAGGCGCGUCCAACAAAAUGGAGCCAAUUUGUAUAACGUUGGUAGGGGACCUAACAGUGAAAGAUGUGGUGAUGUGAACCUAGUUGAAAGGGCAUGUACUUGUGGCGUGUUUACGUUAUUGGAACGCCCUUGCGUUCAUGCAUGUGCCGCGACAUUGAAAACGAAUACGAGUGUAUACACGCUUUGCUCACCUUAUUAUUCGAAAGAUACGUGGAGGAAGACUUACGAUGAUACCAUCAAUCUUGCUGGUGACGAGGAUGAUUGA